CCGCCCUGAGCACAGCACAGUCUGAAACUCUGCGUGGAGCGGGCCCUCCCAGCUGUGGGCCGGACCCUGCAGCAGUAGCUCGAGCUGGCACCGAGACCGCAACUCCUCGUCCGGUCGCUUCCACGCACGCUACAGUCUUGUUCUUCACCGAGCUGGCUGGAGCCUAGCCGAUGAAUUUGGGGAAGAUAGACUUCCGAGACAGACAGACGAAGGUUUAGGGCCCAGCAGAGGACAGCUCGGCAAUGGCUCCCAUUUUUGGAGACGCAGGCGAAUUUGAGCUCAUGGGGAGGUGUGGUCGGCUCCUCUUGAGACAGGAUGGGGGCUUCAGUUCUCUGCCUCUGUAGCCAGUGCUUCUGAGGAGUAUUGAAUGCAGUGUAUGGAGCAGGGCACGUGCCUUCCCUUCUUGAAAACUUGACCCGGGACAUGUUUAGGAACAAAAGGUGUCCAGGACGGCCCUCUGUUGCAAGUCGUCUUUACUUCUGGGGGAAAGGCUAUGAGCUGCCUGGCUUCUCAUGACGGGGAAGCCUCCCUUACCUUUUCUGUACUCCUGGAGGGGCGUCUUGCUUACUUGUUUACCAGCAUCUGGGACAAAGAAGAGAAAAGAUGGCAUUUAUUAAAUAAUGUUUAUCACUGUACUGAUGAAUGCUUCAGCAACACUGGUGAACUCUAGGGUACAAGGAGUUCUUUACCUGUUGGCUCUAUCCCUCACCCCCAAUGUUGUAAAUGAGCCGUCAGACUGCAACAGCAUUACCUACUGGAACCUCAAAGUGUACACCAUCCCAGAGGGUACCUGCCCUGACCGGCACAACUGCGUCCAACAAUGACUUGGCGAGUCUUUUUGAGUGUCCGGUCUGCUUUGACUAUGUGUUACCACCCAUUCUUCAGUGUCAGAGUGGCCAUCUUGUUUGUAGCAACUGUCGCCCAAAGCUCACGUGUUGUCCAACAUGCCGGGGCCCGUUGGGAUCCAUUCGCAACUUGGCUAUGGAGAAGGUGGCCAAUUCAGUACUUUUUCCUUGUAAAUAUGCCUCUUCUGGAUGUGAAAUAACUCUGCCACACACAGAAAAAGCAGACCACGAAGAGCUCUGUGAGUUUAGGCCUUAUUCCUGUCCGUGCCCUGGUGCUUCCUGUAAAUGGCAAGGCUCUUUGGAUGCUGUAAUGCCGCAUCUGAUGCAUCAGCAUAAGUCUAUUACAACCCUACAGGGAGAGGAUAUAGUUUUCCUUGCUACAGACAUUAAUCUUCCUGGUGCUGUUGACUGGGUGAUGAUGCAGUCCUGUUUUGGCUUUCACUUCAUGUUAGUCUUGGAGAAACAGGAAAAAUACGAUGGUCACCAGCAAUUCUUUGCAAUUGUACAGCUGAUAGGAACACGCAAGCAAGCUGAAAAUUUUGCUUAUCGACUUGAGCUAAAUGGUCAUAGGCGGCGAUUGACUUGGGAAGCCACUCCUCGAUCUAUUCAUGAGGGAAUUGCAACAGCCAUUAUGAAUAGUGACUGCCUAGUCUUUGACACCAGCAUUGCACAGCUUUUUGCAGAAAAUGGCAAUUUAGGCAUCAAUGUAACUAUUUCCAUGUGUUGAAAUGGCAAUCAAACAUUUUCUGGCCAGUGUUUAAAACCGUUGCAUUCAAUUUCACAGAGAAUAAGGCACCUGUCUGCCUACCAACCAGAAGCUUUUGGUAGGUGGAAGCUAGAAACAGGAAGGUAAAUGAAAGGCUGUUAAAUACAGGAAACAGUUGCAUGUAGUAACACUAAUAUAUUUAAAAAUAAGUCAACAGUAAACCACUGAAAAUAAAAUAUAUAUAUAUGUGUGUGUGUGUAUAUAUAUAUAUAUGUAUAUAUAUAUAUAUAUAUAUAUAUACACACCCAAGAUGGGCAUCUUUUGUAUUAAGAAAGGAAGCAUUGUAAAAUAAUUCUGAAUUUGUGUUUGUUGUAGAUUGAGUGUACUGUUAAAAAAUAUUGGGUUCUUGUUUUUUUUGUUUUGUUUUUUUGUGUGCGUGCGUGAGUGUGUGUGUGUGUUUGGUUUUUUUUUUUCCUUUAACUGACAAGCCAUGUUGAGUGGUCUUGGACCACUGCUUUUCCCCUAUGUGAGUCAAUACAUAGUGCUGCUGUGUGUGUAUAUUUUUUUGUGUGUAUUUGCUAAUUUUUAUUAAUUCUAGUUUUUCAUUAAAUAAAUUUGACUUUCUUUUCUGUAAUUCAGGUUUUUCCUCACUUUUUUUGGUACCUUUUUAAAGUUAGUGUCUUUUUGAUAUGCAUAAUUGUUUAUGGUAAAAUUUAUACAUGUGUUCAAUACAUAUUUUCUUUUUCCCCAUUAAUCAGUUCAUUAGAAAUAUUUUAAAUUCAACUAUUUUGUGAAGAUAUGAGUUUCAGAAAGGAAAGGUAACAUCGGAAGAAUUAUCAGAAGCUAUUUAAAGCAGCUAUAAAGUGAUCUCUCUCUUUCUCUCUCUUCUCCAGUUGAGUCAUACCUUCAAACUUAUUCUUUGUAAGGUUAGGGAGUACUGAUUUUUUUUUUUUUAAUACUGGAAAAAAAAAAAUCAGGCUCUCCCCCUCCCCCAGAUACCUUGGACAAAUCACACAUGUUUAAAAUUUGUUCUUGUAUUUAUUGGUUUUGCAAAAGAAGGCAUCGUCUCACACAGUAUUUGUAAUUAAAAGCAAGUCAUUUGUUUAAAAAAAAAGGCAGUUUGCAAAAAAAAUGUUUUUGGUCUUUUAUAAUUCUCAUUAAAAGAAUAUCUGGCAAAUUAAAAA